AUGAAUGACCUGCGCUUUGAGAGCUCUGAGGAAGAGCAUUCUGAGGUCGAGGAGAGGACGCAGGAAAAAAGGAUGACCAGGCUUCCACUCAUUCAGCUCAUGCCCAGGUCCAAAGCCGGCUCACCGGGAGGAUCCCCGAGGAGCUCGCCCAAGGAUUCCCCACGGGGGUCUCCCCGAAACUCCCCGGUUCUCUUCAGGAAACUGCUCAUCAACCGCAGCAUCAACCUCCAGAGGCGCCGCUUCACCCUCGCCCACACUCCCAGUUUUGAUGUGGAAAAUGGAUUAUCGGUGGGCCGUAGCCCCCUGGACCCCCAGGCCAGCCCUGGCUCUGGGAUGGUUAUACAGGCCAACUUUCCCCACAGCCAGCGGAGGGAAUCCUUCCUCUACCGCUCCGACUCCGAUUUUGACCUUUCACCCAAAGGUCCCUCCCGAAACUCCUCCACUGCCAGUGAUCUGGAGGAAAGCUUGAAGCACUGGGAGGUCAACUGGUUGUCAACUCGACACACAGAAGACAUGAUCGUUACACCAUUUGCACAGGUCCUCGCCAGCCUGAGGACAGUCCGAGGUAACUUUUCCAUUAUAACGGACCAGCAAGAUCGCCCAACAAGCAAGACGCGAUCCUCAGGCAACAACCCACCAUCCAUGUGCAAGACCAGCCUUGCAGAGGAGCCUCACCAGCAGCUGGCCAUAGAGACUCUGGAUGAGCUGGACUGGUGUCUGGAACAGCUGGAGACGCUGAAAACACGACACUCUGUCAGCGAGAUGGCUUCAAACAAGUUCAAGAGGAUGCUGAACCGAGAGCUCACCCAGCUGUCAGAAACCAGCCGGUCAGGGAACCAGGUGUCUGAGUUCAUCUCCAGCACCUUCCUUGAGAAGCAACAUGACAUGGACAUCAUGUCCAACCCCAACAAGGAGAAGGACAAGAAGAAGCGGCCUAUGUCCCAGAUCAGCGGCGUGAAGAAGGCCACCCACAGCCCCAGCCUCGCCCCCUCCACCAUCCCACGCUUUGGGGUCAACACCGGCCAGGAGGCACUCCUCACCAAGGAGAUGGAGGACGUAAACAGAUGGGGCAUCGACAUAUUUAGGGUCUCUGAGUAUUCAGGGAAUCGAGCGCUGACGGUCAGCAUGUACACCAUCUUCCAGGAACGCGACCUGCUGAAGUCCUUCAAGAUUCCUGCUGACACUUUCAUUAAUUUCAUGAUGACUUUGGAAGAUCACUAUCACGCGGAUGUGGCGUACCACAACAGCAUCCACGCUGCCGAUGUGGUCCAGUCCACACACGUCCUGCUGUCCACACCUGCCCUGGAGGCUGUUUUUACUGAUCUGGAGAUCCUUGCCGCCCUGUUUGCCAGUGCCAUCCAUGACGUGGAUCACCCUGGAGUUUCUAAUCAGUUUCUCAUCAACACCAACUCGGAGCUGGCCCUGAUGUACAACGACUCGUCGGUGCUGGAGAAUCACCAUCUGGCAGUCGGCUUCAAGCUCGCGCAGGAGGAAAACUGUGACAUCUUCCAGAACCUCAGCAAAAAACAGAGACAGUCAUUGCGCAAAAUGGUCAUCGACAUGGUGCUGGCAACAGAUAUGUCUAAACACAUGAACCUACUAGCAGACCUGAAAACUAUGGUGGAGACGAAGAAAGUCACCAGUCUCGGAGUCCUGCUCCUGGACAAUUAUUCAGACCGCAUACAGGUUCUUCAGAACAUGGUGCACUGUGCAGACCUGAGUAACCCCACCAAGCCUCUUGAGUUGUACCGACAGUGGACGGACCGCAUCAUGGUGGAGUUCUUCACCCAGGGGGACAGGGAGAGGGACAAGGGCAUGGAGGUCAGCCCCAUGUGUGACAAACACAAUGCCUCCAUAGAGAAGAACCAGGUGGGUUUCAUUGACUACAUAGUUCAUCCAUUAUGGGAGACGUGGGCUGACCUCGUCCACCCAGAUGCUCAGGAGAUCCUGGACACUCUAGAGGAUAACAGAGAGUGGUACCAGAGCAUGAUCCCCCACAGCCCUUCACCCGAAGCAGAGGUCCAGGAGGAGGAGGAGACCCUCACUGGAGAAGCUUCAGCACUUAGUUCCGCCGCCAUCGAUAAGUUUCAAUUUGAGUUGACCUUGGAAGAAGAAGGAGAGUCUGACACAGAGAGUCCACCUGAGGAGGAAGAGAGCUGCGAUCGCAGGAGGGUGUCUCAACUUUCCAGAACUGGAUCUGGCAGCAGAUUUGAUGCCAAGACUCGCCGGUUCCCCAAAAUGCUCACCAGUGAUUCAGAGAGGACGUUUUCUUUAGAAUCUGAUAAAGAUAUGGCAGAAGAACGAGAAACAGACCAGGAAGACAUCUCCGGGGAACCACCCGUCAUACUCGGCACAUAGCACAACCCAUUUGUUUUUCUUUGGAGCCUUUUUUGUUUGUUUUUCAUGAU